AGUUGAGUUUUGAGCUUCGAUGAGUUCGGUUGCACAUCUAUCGCUGUCGCUUGGGCCAAGCUCUUGAGCCCAUGUUGUUCUGUUGAACUCGUAACGCCUGCGCGUGUUUUUCCAAAUGCAUUUUCAAAACCGAUUAGAAAUAGUUAACAUUAACGUUCACGAUUAAUAAACGCAAACAGCUACACAAAUUGCGCGAAAUAUACAAUAUUUGUGAUUUAACGGAGGUUUAGUGUGCACAGAUGUUUUAAUUGGAUUUGGAUUUGGAUUGUAACUCUACACUGAAAGUGCCUUUGUUAACAACUCAAUCAGCCCCAUCAUCUCCAUGCGUUGGAAACUGUAAUUCGUGUAAUUCGGUAGAAGUCGUCGAAAAGUUAUCGUGCAAACAAAUACUCGAUACGCUACAUAAGAUCCGAAAAUAGAAAAACCAAAAACUUAAAGCCCAAAAAAAAAAAAUAAAAAAGAAGCAAAUAAGCCGAUAGCCGACAAACAGUUGCCGCGUUGAACGUGUUGGCAUUUUAUUUAGUUUUGGUUACGUGGCUGGAGAUUCGUGCGGCUGCCGAAAAGAAAGUCACGACAUUAUCCAAAGCGGUUCAAAACGAGAUUUCCAAGAUUCUGCGCCGAAAGUCAAAGUUACAAGUUUACACAUUUUGGCCCGGUUCAACGUAUCUGUGUGUGUUCGAGUGUAUGUGUGUGCGUUUUUGUGUUUGUGUGUGCCACUUUAGAAAGUGAAAAUCGAGUGCAGUCGCAGUUUGAGCCACAUUCGGUCAAACCUGCCUCUGGGGCGCUGCAGCCGAAAGUGAAUUUGCUUGUAAACUUCAAUUAUAUUCGGCUUCAGUAGCUGUAUACUGUAAACUGGUAGACUGGUAGACUGGCAGGCUGAAGACUAGCUACUUGACGUUACUUCUUCUGGCCAUUCAUCGAUAAUCCAUCUGUAUUUGCAUCCACGUCCAAAAACAAAAGUUCAACAAUGGAGGCCGAAGAAAUUACAAAACUCGUUGAUGGCGUUUAUAGGAACAUACUCGAUCGAUUCAACCCGGGUGCCAGACAGCUAAUUGCAGCGGGCAAAAGUUACCUGAAGGCGUUGCAUGGUGCCGCAACUGCCUCGCGUCUAUUCAAUGAAGCAUUGGCCAAGAUUGCAAUGAAUGCGCAACAAAGCGGAACAGGCGAUAUUGGUUCAGCUUUGAUGAGCGUUGUAAAUGUUAACAAGGAGAUACAGGAGCAACAGAUGAAUAUUCUGAAAGCCUUCUACGUGGAUCUGUUGGUGCCAUUGGAGACAAAUUUGGAGAAGGACACAAAAGUGGUGCAGCAUGAGCAAAAGAAGUUCAUGCAGCAGCACAAGGUGCGCAUGGAGAGCUACCAGAAGGCUGUCUCCACAAUGAAGAAACAGCGCAAGAAAAAGGCAACGCCCGAGAAUACUGAAAAGGAGCUGAGAAGUCUGCAACUGUUGGAGGAUCAAAAGAAGAAGCUGGAUAUAUUCUGUGAUCAGAGCUAUAAGAACGCCAUGACACAGGAGCGUCGACGCUAUGGUUUCGUCUUGGAGCGUCAGUGCUCGAUAGCCAAGCACUGGAUGGCCUACCACACCACUGGCAAAACAAUAAUUGAUAAUAAUUUCGAAAAUUGGCAAGAAAUUGCCGCUUCUCGUGAGAUUAUACCGCCGGCCGCAUACGAAAGCGGCUACAGCAGCAGCAACAGCAACACAAGACGCCUCGAACGCAUCAAAGAUGCUGAGGAUGAACAAAUCAGUGGCGCUCAGCUGAAGAAGUCACGCAGCAUCGAUGCACCCUAUGGCGAUAUGCGCACCCUGCAUGAACGCGAUGGCGCCUUGGGAUCCACGCACUAUGCACAGAACUCGCUGCCCCGUGCCAAAUCCGAUUUUAAUCUGGCGCUGGUCGGCGCAGGACCCAUCACAGGCAGUAAACACAAAAUAAUUGAGGAGCCGCAUGGAGAGAUUGAGCGUGGGGAUCAGCGUCCGCUGGUGAAGGCGCUCUAUGCGUAUAUGCCAUCGGGGGAGAAUCAAUUGUCCUUCGAGGAGGGCGAUCGUUUGGCGCUUGUGGGUGCCAAAGCCAAGGGUUGGCAGUUUGGUGAGAAUUUGCGGACGCAACACUUUGGCUGGUUCCCAGUGGCUUACACCAAUGCGGAGAGCAUUGAGCUGGCGCCAUCUGGCGGCCGGCGUUAUGAGAACAUGCACAUGAGCUAUGACCGCAAUGGUGGUGGUGGCGCCACUGGCAGCGGCAGCGGAUUGCGCAGCAACUACCACGAACAACAUCAGCAAUACGAGGCGCAACUGGAUCUGAUGGAGAACGACGCCACCUAUCGGCGCCGACGCAAUCACAGCGCCGAGGAAUCAUCGCCUACACGCAUGUUCGGCGAUACCAUCAAACAGCAGAAGAAAUAUCGCUCCGGUUCGGCGGCCAAUCCACGUCCCGGUCCGCCACCCACACUGCCCGCACCAGUGCCCAAUGGCCAGAACCAGAGCGCCCGUAUGCUGAACAGCUCGCAGAGCUUCUGUGCCACCAAUGGUGUGCCGGCAGCCGUUGAGAGGCGCAAGCAGAAGCUGCUCAACGGAGCACAGAGCUCCAUGAGUCAACCACAGUCCACAAAGUCGGCGGCGGCUGCAAAGACGUCACUGCAUAGCAGCAACGACAGCGGGUUCGCCAAUGAGCCACCGCCACAGCCGGAGGUGGAUUACUCCGAUGAGGAGGCAUCCACACAACGUGUGCCCAUUCGACGACGCGCGGAUACGAAUACGCAUACGGUGCCACGGGAUGUGGCCUCCUGGACGCUGAGCCGUAAUUUCCGCAAUAGCGUCGACAGCCAGAUUGAUGAUAAGAGCCUGAAUCGGUUGGGUGGCAAGAUGCGUUACGAUCUGAUCGCCUCGGACGAUGAGAUACUGCAGGCAUCGAGUGCGGGCCUGAAGCGAACCAAAUCAUUUUGGAAAUUUGGCGGCGGACGCAGCGGCGAGGAUAUUCUCGCCGGCAUGUCGCUGUGGCAGCAUCGCGAUCUGGUCGCCGCACCCAAUCUUGAGGAGUUGCGUGCCGAGGAGCCGCGCUCCGAUGAGGAUCGGGAGCGCAAUGUACACACGAAUGCCAAUGGCACUUUAACCAAGUCGCACAACUCCAGUUCGUCGCAGGAGAAGCGUGGUCGGAAGGAUAGCAUUACCAGCACCGAAAUCUAUGGCGAUGAUGAUGACAACAUCUAUGGGAUUAGUCCAGCAAUGCCGCCACAACAACAACAACAGCAGCAGCAGCAACAACAGCAGCACCAGCAGCACCAGCAGCAGCAAGUGCAACAGAGGAGCAGCGGCUAUACGCCCAAAUCACGCAUGAAGAUUAUGAAGACCAUUGAGAUUGAUAUUGAAGAGCCCUCGGAGAGCGAACGCUUGAGCACAAUGCGUCGUGGCCAGUCGCAAAAUCAACACCAACAUCAACAGCAGCAGUCGGAAUAUGGCCAUGGACAUCGCAAGCUGGACAAACAGGGAUCUAACUCUGCCUCUGCUUCCUCCACGCCGCAGCAAAAGUCGCAGACGCUCAGCAGAUCCAAGCCAACACAUCAGCAACAUCAACAGCAACAACAACAUCAGCAGCAACAGCAGCAACAAUUACAACAACAACAGUUUCCACUUCAUUCGACGGAUGAGGGUGAAAGCGAUGAGCAUGGAACACUCAAGUUGAGCGAUGUCAACAACUUUUUUGAUGAUAUGCAGCAUGAUGCCGGUGGCAAUCCAACCAGUGGCAAUCAUCAUGGAAUGGUGAUGAAGACACUCAAGCGCAAGGAUAUACUCAAGCAGUAUUACACUAGCGAGGAUGAGUCCGAGGCAGAGAUCAAGUCAACCAGCUCCGAUCCCUAUGAUUGCAUUGUCAUCAACGAUCAUCUGGUGCGCAAAGAUGACAAGCUGAGACGUCAGCAUCAUCAUCAUCAGCUACAGCAGCAGCAACAGCAGAUGGAGUUUCACACAUUUCGCUCGUCCACAUCGACAAUGGCAACGAAUACGCUAAAAAAGUCCAACUCCAAGGAGCAGGAUAGCACACUGACCCGCAAUUCCACAGUCAAUGCGGGAGCACCCACAGCCACCAUCCUGCCCCGCACCCGCCUGCUCAAAUCCUCCUCCAGCAGUAACAACAACAAUCACAAUAACAACAACAACAGCAGCGCAACAUUGGAACGCAAUUUGAAAGCGCACGUGGGCAACAAGAGCUACGGCCCUUGGUACGAUUUCUGGGAUCAAGAGCAGCAUGGCCAGAAGCCCGUCAGCGGUAAACUGAAGUGAGGCAGAGGCAGAGGCAGAGGGAGAGGGAGAGGAAAAGGGAGUUGUGGUUUGGAUGAAGUGAGCCAUGUUGUGAGAGGAAGGAGUUGUAGUUUCGCCGUUUUCUUACCAGAGAAGAAAAUGCGCCGAGCGUGGCGGCGACUGAUUGAUGGCUUGAAGGGAGCAUGAGUUAAACUGUGCAGCUUGCAGGAGCCCAGAAAAACAAAAACAUGCAAUUCUUAAACAAAGUACAUUCAGACAAUUUCCAGAACUUGUUAACAGCCCGUGGAGUUAAGACCAAAUUUUGUUUUACACAAAAUAAUCAUAAUAUUUUUUAAGGCCACCCGAUUCGGAUUCCAAUAAUAUUCCACUUGUUCUUUGGUUAGUGGAAUUGGGUAGUAUUACUGAGCAUAUUCCGGUGAUUUUUUGUACAGGAAGGACGAUAAGUUGAGCUCUUUUUUUUAACUCUGCACACACACUCACACACACACAUCAAAUGCUGACUGCUUACUACUUAUGUAUAAACUCGCAAUGCGAGUAAAAUACUUCCAUUAUUUGGUGCCUUGCAUAACGCACCGUUUUAAGAAAAAUACAUAAACCAUAUACACAUAAAUAAAUAUAUACAUAUAUAUACAUAUAUAUAUUAAAUAUUUUUUGCUUUAGACUUAAGAUCUUGCAUCAUGUUACAUUAUUUGAGCACACACACGCAAACACAUCCA